AUGGAUACAAUAACAUCCGGUCAGAUCCUAAAAGACGGAAAUACCCUCCUCUCGUCCGGCGGCAAUUUCGAGCUUGGCUUCUUCAGCCCGGCCGGAAGCUCGGCAAAACGUUACGUCGGCAUAUGGUACAAGAAAAUACCCGUUCAAACAGUCGUUUGGGUCGCUAAUCGUGAAAACCCGGUUUUAGGCUCGACCGGGUUUUUACGGGUCGACCCGCCCGGAAUCUUGGUUCUCGUGAAUGAGACUAACGACAUCGUUUGGUCAACUCCGACGAUAAGCGCCUCGACUCGGCCUGUUCGACAUCCCGUCGCAGAGUUGCUGGACUCGGGGAAUCUUGUGGUCCGAGACGAUGACGAUCAUAACCCGUCGAGCUUCGCGUGGCAAAGCUUCGAUCACCCGACCGACACUUUACUUCCUGGGAUGAAGCUCGGGUGGAACUUCACGGCCCGUUUGGAAGUCUACCUCUCGUCGUGGAAAAAUGCCGAUGACCCAUCGCCCGGAGACUUCACCUACCGAUGUGACUUCAGGGGAUACCCUCAAAACGUGCUCGAAAAAAAUGGGCUCGUGGAGUACCGAACUGGGCCGUGGAACGGCAUUCGGUUUAGCGGGAUUCCGAGCCUAAGCAAGAAUCGAAUAUUCAAAUAUGGGCUCGUUUUGAACAAGAAUGCCGUUUACUCGCACUACGAACUCCUCAACGACUCGGUUAUCUCGAGGUUCACCUUGAGUCAAACCGGGGUCGCCCAACGGUUGACUUGGGUUGACCGGACCCGAGGAUGGGUCGUGUACAUGACUUGCCCGAUGGAUAACUGCGAUUUUUACGGGCUUUGCGGCCCGUACGGGACUUGUAACGUUGCGAAUUCCCCUGUUUGUGGGUGUUUGAGUAAAUUCGAGCCCAAAGAUGAAGAGGGGUGGGAUCGGGCCGAUUGGUCGGGCGGGUGCGUGAGGAGGAGCCCGUUGAGUUGCGAAAAAGGUGACCUUUUUUUGAAGUACUCGGGAGUUAAGCUGCCCGAUACGAGAAAUUCGUGGUAUAAUGAGAGUAUGAGUCUUGAGGAGUGUAGGAAAGUUUGCUUGGGGAAUUGUUCGUGUACGGCUUAUUCGAGUUUGGACAUAAGCCGAGGAGAAAACGGGUGUUUGCUUUGGUUCGAUGAUCUUGUUGAUAUUCGAGAGUUGUCUGCUGAGGGACAGGAUAUUUACAUUAGGAUGGCUUCAUCUGAGUUAGAAAAUCGCGGGUCGAAGCGCGAGAAUAAGAGGUUAGUAAUAAUACAUUUUUACCUUCUUUUUCGGUUUGCUUUUUACACCUAUAAUCAGUAUAUAGUAUCUUCUAAAUUGCUCGUGUUUGCAGGAGCUCAUGUAGGACGCAACAAUGUAAACAGUCGUUACAAUCAAAUUCACGACAAGGACUUAGAGUUACCUUUGUUUGAUAUAUGCACACUAGUUGAAGCUACUGAUAAUUUUUCAAUCACUAAUAAGCUUGGAGAGGGUGGCUUUGGACCUGUUUAUAAGGGCGUGCUAGCAAACGGGCAAGAAAUUGCUGUUAAACGGCUAUCAAGAACUUCUCAUCAAGGAGUGGACGAGUUCAAGAAUGAAGUCGUGUGCAUUGCCAAACUCCAGCAUCGAAAUUUAGUGAAGCUUUUGGGUUACUGCACACAAGCCGAAGAAAAUAUGUUGCUCUAUGAAUACAUGACCAACAAAAGCCUUGACUUGAUUUUGUUCGAUCCAUAUGAAAGCACGUUAUUAGAUUGGCCUAUACGCCUCAACAUUAUCAACGGCAUUGCUCGUGGCCUAAUGUAUCUCCAUCAAGACUCGCGUUUACGAAUCAUACAUAGAGACCUCAAGGCUAGCAACAUAUUGCUGGACUCCGAAAUGAACCCAAAGAUAUCGGAUUUCGGAUUGGCUAGAGCUUUUGGAGGGAACGAGACCGGAGCUAACACGAGUCGAGUAGUGGGCACAUAG